CGUUCAAUAAAAGGGCGCUUAAACCAACGGCAUCUUUCGGCGGUCGCAAAAGGCCACCCAUAAAGCAUAUCCAAAGGCUUCCGUACUCUGCACAACGCCCAACUUGUUCGAUGUUUAAUGCUGAAGAAUGCUAAUCCGAUCUUCCCCGUCCGAACAAACUUUCGUAUAAAUCCCUCCUGCUUUUCCUCCGCUUGGAAUGCUUAUUUCCUUUUCGCCAUUAAACUCUGCUGCGAGUUGCUCGAGGUGGCUUUGCUUCUUGUGUUGUGACUGCUUGCAUUUCGCUUCGGACGCGUUUUUGGUGCGUCGCUGGAGCUGAAUUGAUGAAGAACAUGACAAGAUCGUGAUCGCCACUAUAUUAUAUGGAUGAAUUCUCGUCUUGGUCUUUAAGCACUCAAUAGAAGACAAAAUAAUGCAUCAACCAGAACCAGAUGCUACUCUCUGGAGUUUCUUCAACAUUGAUAAUAUUUUUAGUAACAAUUAUUAUGGAGAUAGCACCCAACAUGAUGUGAAAAUUAGCCAUGAACAGUAUACUAGAGAUAACCAUUAUGAAACAGAAUACGGCAACAUUGAAAAUGAUGAGAUUCUUGCUCAUGCUCUUCAAGAAGAAAUGUCACAGUUGUCAAUAACAGAAUCUCCGGAAUUAUCCCAUUCUGGGGAGGAGUACUUACAGAGUUCAACUGCUGUACCAAAUUGGCCUAACACAACUAAUUAUAAUCUUGCCGAAGAUGCCAAAAUGCAUGAUACUGAUGAUGUGGGGAGUGUAUGUUCGAGCCCUGAAGAUAGAUCAUGCGAUGGAGAUGAUUCCACUUAUUCUUUGGACAUCACCGAGGACCCUAACUAUGAUGAUGAGUUUGAGAAGAGGUUGUACCAAAUGAUCCCUGUCCCGCAUGUUCCAAAAAUUAACGGAGACAUACCUUCAGUUGACGAGGCAACUUCAGACCAUCAAAGGCUACUAGAUAGGUUACAGUUAUACGACUUGAUUGAGCACAAAGUCGAAGGAGAUGGUAACUGUCAGUUCCGUGCUUUGUCCGAUCAAAUUUAUCGAACCCCCGAACACCACAACUUUGUGAGACAGCAAGUUGUUCGCCAGCUCAAAGCCCACCCCGAAAUAUACGAGGGAUAUGUUCCAAUGGACUACGCCAAUUAUCUACGAAGGAUGUCCAAGAGCGGGGAAUGGGGUGAUCAUGUCACAUUGCAGGCUGCCGCGGAUUUGUAUGGUGUGAGAAUACUUGUAAUAACUUCAUUCAAAGACACUUGCUACAUCGAGAUUCUCCCCAAAGACCAAAAGUCGAAAAGAGAUAUAUAUUUGAGCUUCUGGGCUGAAGUACAUUACAACUCAAUUUAUCCUCAUGGAGAACCCCCAGGAGGUGAUUUGAAGAGGAAGAAGAGAUGGUGGAACUUUAGAAACAAGGGCAAUUUCAGUCAUUGCCAGUCCAUGGCGAAAAAUAUGCAGACAAGAAAAACCUCAUCCAUUUGAACGGUGGGUUUAUCCGCUCUCUGGAGCCUGCAAUUUGCGCAAGUCUCUCAUCUUAGCUUUAAUUUUGAACAAAUUUGCUUUAUCUAGCGUCUGGGAAAAAAGGAAUUUAGUUUUUGGUCUGG